AUGUCGUUCACGCAUGUCAUCGUUGGCGCUGGGUCAGCAGGAUGCAUCGUCGCGGCUCGAGUUGCAGAAAAUCAGAACUUCAAUGUUCUCUUGCUAGAAGCUGGACCCGAUUGUCAAGAACCAGAGACACGGGUCCCUUUUGGUGUCAUCAGUGCGAGACGAGUACCAAUGAAGGGACAAUCCGAGACGUUCGAUUCGAAUAUAGACUGGACGGUCAAGGUAUCGCUACCAGACGGAAAAUCGACACACGUACCUCAGGCAAGACUGGUAGGGGGUGGCAGCAGUAUUAACGGAGGAACUGCCUUGCGCAACACCGUGGCUGACUCGCAGGAAUGGGUUGCUUUGGGAAACAAUGCAUGGGACUUUCAGAGCGUGUGUCAGACAUAUGAGAAGCUGGAGAAUGAUGAGCUGCGCAACACAUAUGGCGCACAUCCGAUUGCUCGCGCGAAUAUAUCUGAGGCUGGCAAAAUACAACGAGCUUUCGCACAGGGAGCUGCUUCGAUUGGCUUUAGUGCUGUGGAAGAUCUGAAUGCCACAGGUGCAGAAGGAGUUGGCCCUUCCCCAGUAUGCAGGACAGGCGACCGGCGUAUCAGCGCCGCUGAUACGUUUAUCGGUCCGAUCCGCAACGCUCCCAACUUCACAAUCAUGCCAAAUUCUCAUGUGGACAAGAUACUUAUCUCGAAUGGACAAGCUUGUGCGGCCGUUCUUGUAAGCGGUGACCAGAUCGAAGCAUCGCAAGAGAUUCUCGUCUGUGCUGGUGCAAUCUUUUCCCCGGCUAUCCUGCAACGCUCUGGCGUCGGUCCAGCAAGCCUACUGCAGCAGCUUCAGAUACCGUUGGUUCGUGAUCUCCCUGCAGGUCGGAAUCUGUCAGAUCAUCCAUGCAUACCUGUAGUUGCGAGACCGCGGGUAGGAGCAUAUCAAGAUACAGAUUAUUCGCUGCAGUGGCAGGCUCGAUGGUCGUCCUCUGAGCACCCCGGAGCUAUUGAUGCGCAAAUGGUGUGCUUUAGCUAUCUGUUCGUUGCCGCAAAUUCGUCUAAUGGAGAACAAGGUUUGGCGGGGACUGCGACUGGUCACGUCGCUGGUAUAGGAUGUAAUGUCAAUAAGCCGACUUCGCUCGGGACGGUCGCCAUACGAACAAAUGACGCCCACGAUCAACCAGACGUCAGUCCGAACUAUUUGCAGACUCUCGAGGAUAUGAGGGUGGCUCGAGAGGUUGUCAGACACGCGUAUAGGGUCAUCACAGGCUCUGCAAUGGGGAGAGUCGUGGAAGACCCGUUGACACUGACCAAUGCAAUCGUGUCAGACGACGAAUCCUUGGACCAGUGGAUCAAGUCACAAUACUCAUCAACGUACCACUUUACCGGAACGUGCAGAAUGGCUCUCCCUGAGAAUGAUGGUGUAGUCGACCAAAGUGGCAGGGUUUAUGGAGUACACGGUCUCAGAGUCGCUGAUGCGAGCGUCAUCCCGACAGUGCCUGCCAGCAAUACAAUGUGGUCUACGAUGAUGUUCGCUGAACGAAUAGGGUGCAGUGUGAGAGACACGACGGAUGUGAAGCCUGUCGUGAUUUUGAGUCGUCUAUGA